GCGGGAGUGAACGAAUCACUUCGGAUUGUGGAAAUCGGUGCCGCUGAUGGUCCUAACUUGUCUUCCUAUCCUCCUGGCUCGAGCGUGGUCGUGGUGGAACCACUUGCCGAUUAUCGUUUAACCUUCGAGCGUCGUCUGUCCGAAUUGAAUGCCAGUCGAGAUGAUCCGAAAUGCUCAAUCAAUCUGGAAGCUUGGUAUUCGAUUCCCGCCGAGGAAUUAGCUGUAUUGAACAAGUCAUCUGGUGGCGGAGACUCUGCCGCGGAUGGGUCCAUUGGACAGUUCGACGCGGCGGUUUCCACCUUCACUUUAUGCUGCGUUCGCGAUAUGGAUCAAGUUUUAAGCGGAUUAACCCAGUUAGUCAAACCUGUAAGUUUUCUGCUGGAUCUCAUGAUUAUUUGUGUUUCUCAAGCACUUUAUUGUUUGCUUGCGUUCGAUUUUACACAAAUAUCUGUCUGGAAGGUAAAUGUGUCUCUUUUCUUAUAA